UUCGCAUCAUCUUCUUCUUCCUCCACUCUGUAUAUCUCUUUCAGCUUCAAACCAUUCCCAUUUCCAUUCAAGUAACCCCAGAAAAGCAUUGCUUUCCCAUUCCAAACACAAACAGGCUAUCCAAACCCAGAAGAAGCCAAUCAAAGUAAAUGCUGGUUUGCAAUCCAAGACUGAAUUUCUUGCUCUCUGGCUCUCUGGCACUCGCUCUGUCUCUCUCAGGAUGCAGUAAGUAAACCGACUGAAAUUUGUAGGAGUUGGAUUUGCGGAGGGGAAGGUAGGGGUUAACUAGCCGGAAAUGCUUCCUAAGGAGUUUACCACUGUUAUUGAUGUUGCUGGAUUUCUCUCAGAUGGCCAGGAGAAAAGACUUGCACAGGAGAUUGCAGAUAUCGAAAAGGAUACUGGAUUCAAGUUGAGAGUUUUGGCUCAGAACUACCCUGAAACGCCAGGAUUAGCAAUCAGGGAUUUCUGGAAAGUGGAUGACAGGACUAUAGUCUUCGUUGCUGAUCCUACUUUUGGCAACAUACUAAACUUCAAUGUUGGAGCGUCUGUGGAUCUAGACAUACCGCGUAGCUUCUGGAGCUGUUUGGCUGGGAAAUACGGGAACAUAUUUUAUUGGAAGGAAAAGGGUGAAGAUGCGUCUAUUGAAUCUGCUGUUAUGGCAAUAUCAGCCUGCUUGAGAGAACCAGUGGGUGCAAAUAAUUGCUCAGAGGUAAAGUAAUUCCAUGAUUUUGCAAUGCAUGUUAGGAUGUGAUGUAGAUUUUGUAGCUCGAUCUCCAUGUCAUUUGAAGCAAUAGUUAAUUAUUUUCUUCAAACUUAAACGAGAAAUGUUUAACACAAAAUUCUUUCUUCUCAACCUCUAUUGUAAGAAGUAUUUACAAAUCCUUAGACUAUUGUAAAAGACUUAUCAUC